CUUUUUCUCCCACAGCUGUAAUGCUGCAAAACCAGUUUGUUCUUCACAGAUGGUUGUCACAAUAACUAUUCAGUAUUCGACACAAAGCAAGAAACCGUGCCGACUGAAUGUUGUGUAAUCACAUGAACGAGCAACUCCCGCAAUUGUUCACUGCUUCUAUUUUUUUUAUAGAAUAAACUGAACAACAGCAUUAACAUAAAUUAGCGAUUUUUUUUCUUAUACUGUAUAACGCCUUUACCGAUGAGCAAAUUGCUUACAACAUGCACUGCCAUAGAGUUACUUAUUUUUAACUCUGUCCUAUUUGGCCUUGUGCAAUAGCAAGUAUUUAUAGUAGACUACCGUAUGUACUUAGCGACAGUGUGGCAUGUUCGCAUCCUGCUAUAAAUCAAUCUACUGAUACAAGAAAAAAAUAAUACUAUCAGGUAACUUGAUACCAGAUAGGAUUGAUCCAUUGUCAGUAUCUGGAGUGCAGUACCAGAUGAAUGAAGAUGUCCACGGUCAGUGCCGGGAGAAGUAGCCAGAACGGUGCCAGCACCACUUUACCAGAGCCACAGCGGGAUGAAAACGAUGAAGUAAUUCCAUUGUAUCUUCUGGUCAAGCCUGAGAGCCAGCAGGAUCAUAAAUAUGAGGACAUUGAACCACGCGAACAAGGCGCGAUGCAGAAUCGCCAUGGAAGGCUUUUGUUCAAAAGGAGCCAGCGAUCCAUGUUACUUCCGAUUAUUCUGAUUUACCAGCAAACUCUCGCCGGUCAUGAUGGUGCACUGUAAAAGCGUGAGAUAGCGCUGCGUGUUCGAUAAUGUUCGUAAAACCCGUAUCAAACUACUCGAGGACAAUCGGACCAAUCAGAUAAGCAGAUCGGGAAAAAAUCCUUCAAUUAUCAAAAACGGACACAGCGAGCGAAUAAUAUAGCAUUUAUCGACAACCAAUGGGCUCGCGCGUACAAGCAAACGUCACAGUGAGAUCACAAGAUAACAGUAGUGUAACUCCGGCACACUUUACUACGGACAUAAACCAUCCGAAAUAUGGAGAAGAUACGCGGCGGACACGGAGGAAGAAGGAAGGUAAAGAAAACAGCCGAGGAAACAAGGAAAACUAGAAGGAAGAAAUCGAAAAAGUUCGCAGCAGCGGAUACAUUGCGCGUCGCACACACUGUUCGGCGCCAAUUCGUGAAAAACUCGUGAGUGUGCGAGCGGGAAUCCUCGAAUGCAACUGGAAUCGAGAAUAUGGACACGACGAUGGAUUCUCAAGUGCUCCCGAUCUUGGCUGCGGUAGGCACGAUAAUCAUCAUAGGAGUCGCCGUGAGGGUGUACAAGUCCUGGUCGAGUGAGAAGAAGAAGAAAAAGUCUCCCCCGAUACUGCUGGAGGACCCGGUAGUUAAAUACAGCCUGCCUCUCGUUCAAAAAGACACGAUAAGCCAUGACACGAGGAAAUUUAGAUUCGGACUGCCAACGCCGAAUCACGUUCUCGGUCUGCCCGUUGGUCAGCAUGUGCAUUUAACGGCAAAAAUCGGAGAAGAGGUUGUGAUACGAGCGUACACGCCUGUUUCCAGCGACGAUGAUCAAGGCUACGUGGAUCUCGUCAUCAAGGUAUACUUCAAGAACGUACACCCGAAAUUCCCCGAGGGAGGGAAAUUGUCUCAACAUUUGGAGAACAUGGAAAUAGGAGAUACCAUUGACUUCAGGGGUCCGUCCGGUAGAAUGAUUUACAAAGGGAAUGGCAAGGUCUCUAUAAAGCUCCUCAGAAAGGAGCCACCUGUAGAAUAUAAUGUUAAAAAGAUGGUCAUGCUCGCUGGCGGCACGGGUAUUACGCCGAUGCUACAGUUGAUCCGUGCGAUAGUCAAGGAUCCUACGGACGAGACGCAGGUGUCCCUACUGUUCGCCAAUCAGACCGAGAAGGACAUUUUGCUGCGGGACGAGCUGGACUGGAUUGCGAAAAAUCAUCCGGACAAAUUGAAACUUUGGUACACGGUGGACACGAGCAGCGAAGGAUGGUCUUACAGUACUGGGUUUAUCAACGCUGAUAUGAUAAAGGAUCACAUGUUCCCACCGUCGGCCGAUACUAUCGUAUUGAUGUGCGGGCCCGCUCCGAUGAUCAAUUUCGCUUGUACGCCGAAUCUCGACAAGCUCGGCUACGAUUCGAAGUUGCGAUUCGCGUACUAGAUUGAUUUGCCGCUAACGUUCGUAGAUAGCAUGAGUUCCGGCUGAAACUUACAACGCUUUUAGUACUUCGUUAAAGGAAACCGACCGAGCUUUGUUGGUUCAGCUGUGAGUGGUAUAUGGUCACACAUAUCGAAAUAUCUGACGACGCAAAACGAUGCCAAUCGAGGAUCUGUUAGUCUACAAAUUUCCGACCGAGAACUCGUAAAGACAGGUUGAACAGUAUUGACGAUUGUUACAUAAGAAUGGAGGGCUUAACGUGAUAAUCAAUGUAGCCGUGUUAAACGCGGACUUAUCUGUAUAAAUGUUGAGAUACCCGCAAGACACACGCAUAGAAUUACGUCCGGCUUCCUUUUUUUUUUAUUACUGUCGAUAUAAAAUCCGUCACAUUUGAGGGAAGAGGAGAGUGAAAAAUCGAAUCACAUGAAUACAAUAUACAUGUGCUGUACCUGCCUCACCAUUGUGAAAUAUACUUUAUUUAACCAUUUACCUAUAUACUGUUACGAAAAUAGUCUACAUCCCAUAUUCUGAAUUCACUUUUAUCGAUGAAAGUGCUUCUAAAAGUGAUCUGAAAAUCACCUGACUGAUUGAUUGAAAAAUCACACGUUUGAAACACUUUUGGCAGUAAAAGUUCAGAAUAUGGACCUGCGUAUAAACUGGUUGAGUAAAGUAUAUUAUUAAUGUGCGUUAUUCAUCGGAAGUGCUGUAUCUCAAAGCAUUUAUUGACGUUGAACCUACUGUAUUGUUAUAAAAAAAAAAAAAAA